AUGGCCGCGAAUGACUUCUACUCCUCCUCCUCCUCGCGGCAGGAACCCUCGCAGCCGUACUAUAACACCUACCAAUCCUCCAACCCCGGGUCGUCACAGGCCUACCCGCCUCCAGCACUCUCAAUAGCACCCUCUUACCACACCGAGACUCACCUGCGAGGCCCCGCGCACUCUCACGACAGUAGAUCACCUGUCUCGCCCUUCGAGGCGCCGUUCGACGACCACGUCUACCCGGUGCCGCCCCAGCAGAAUAGAUACGACAGCCAGAGCACAUUAGGAGGUGACUCGCGGUACUAUGAGCCAGGCGGCCACGGACCCUUCGAGAGCUCGAGUUCGUAUAAUGACAAUAUACCGUUGAGGGAGCAUCCCUCUGUGCCGCCGAAGGAUAGCCCGUUGACGGAUCGUUUCGAUACGGAUCAUGUGUAUGAUGCUCCUGUACAACCGCAGCGAAUGGAGGAGGGGCAGAGUAGGAAGAAGAAGCGCAUGACUGGGAUGUUUAUGAAUAGGAAAAAAAGAUUCCCUUGGCUUACCUAUCUGUUGACGGUGGUACAAGUUGGGGUGUUCAUUGGAGAGAUUGCAAGGAAUGGAAGCUUGACAGGAUCUCCUGUCAUGAUCAAGCCCAGCUUCAACCCCAUGAUCGGACCCUCCCCCUACGUUCUCAUUAACAUGGGCGCGAGAUUUAUGCCCUGCAUGCACGCGGUUGACGGCGUACAAAACCGUGAAUCAGGUGGCCCAAUCAGAUGGCCCUGCCCAGACACAACCUCGAACGACGAACAAGACUGUACCCUCGCCCAACUCUGCGGCUUCGGCAUGCCCGAUUCCCAGAAUCCAGUCUACCCAGGCAGCACCACCGAUGCUCUGAACGAGAUCGCGAAUCAGCCCAACCAGUGGUUCCGCUUCAUCGUGCCCAUCUUCCUGCACGCUGGACUUAUCCACAUCGGGUUCAACAUGUUGCUACAGUUGACUUUGGGCAAGGACAUGGAGAUAGCGAUCGGACCCAUUAGAUACUUCCUCGUGUAUUUCUCCUCGGGCAUAUUUGGGUUUGUGCUCGGCGGCAACUUUGCAGCCGUAGGCAUAGCAUCUACGGGCGCAUCCGGGGCUCUCUUUGGCGUCAUCGCCCUCAACCUCCUCGAUCUCCUCUACACCUGGAGCGAACGCCGCUCCCCGUGGAAAGACUUCGCGUUCAUCAUGCUCGACUGCGUCAUCUCCUUCGGUCUCGGGCUGCUACCCGGCUUGGACAAUUUCUCGCACAUUGGCGGGUUCCUAAUGGGUCUCGCGCUGGGAAUCUGCAUCCUGCACUCCCCGAACGCGCUGCGUAAGCGUAUCGGCCAGGAUGAUCCGCCGUACGUCGUGGCACCAAUAAAGGCUGGUGAUGGAGCCAUCCCCACCGCGAGCAUGACCGGCUUCUUGAAAAACCCAGUUGGGUUCUUCAAAGGGCGGAAACCUGUCUGGUGGGUGUGGUGGUUCGUGAGAGCGGGGAGCUUGGUCUUCGUUCUGGUGGUAUUUAUCCUGUUGCUGAGGAAUUUCUACACGGAUAGGAAGACGUGCAGCUGGUGCAAGUACUUGAGCUGUAUUAAUGUCAACGAUUGGUGCGAAGUGGGCAAUUUGGAGCUGACGUCCUCCAGAACGAAUGAUACUAGCUCGUCCACGAACGGGAAGCGGGACUUGCUUGGUGGUCUUGCUACGAUGGCGCAGAUGUAUCGGGCGAUGUAG